UUCCUGGAAUGAUGGGCGUGCCAGGUGUGGCUCCCCCUGAUCCACCGGGCCCCCAGGGGCCGCCUGGCUCGACUGGAAGCAAAGGAGAAAUGGGAGAGCCGGGGCCAGACAUCGUCGGGCCCCCAGGACAGGAUGGAGUCCCAGGAGGUUUUGGAGUCGACGGAGAACCCGGAGAACCAGGAAUACCAGACUUACUGCCGGGAGACGUUGGUUCUCCCGGAGCUAAAGGUCUGAAAGGCUUGGUGGGAUUCCCUGGAUAUAGAGGGCAGGAUGGACAAACGGGUGAGAAGGGGGAGUUGUGCUUGACCUGUGCACUUGUUCUCGGCAAACCCGGACCUCCGGGUAAACCAGGAGAGCCAGGUGAAGAUGGGUUGUCAGGAUCAGACGGUUUUCCAGGACCCAAAGGAAACAAAGGAGUCAAAGGUCUUGUAGGACCACCUGGUCCACAGGGCCCAUUUGGUAUCCCCGGCCUCCCGGGGACCCCCGGACCUGUUGGUGAUCCUGGGAUCAUGCAGAGGGUUGGGCAGAAGGGUGAGGACGGGGAACAGGGGAAUCCGGGACCACCCGGUUUCGAUGGGGCGGACGGAUCUCCAGGAUUUACAGGACCGAAAGGUGUUCUGGGACAGAAAGGAAACCCUGGGCCCCUGGGGCCUAAAGGUGACAGGGGACCUUUCGGGGGGACUGGUCUCAGAGGACUAGUAGGACAGAUAGGACCUCCAGGACCACCUGGAAUUGGGCUUCCAGGACCUCCAGGAUGUAAAGGCAAUGUGGGAGUCCUGGGAAAGCGAGGAGAUCCUGGAAAUCCAGGUGAAAAAGGUUCUCCAGGUGAAAUCAAAACCUCUCCAGGAGAUCCGGGACAGAAAGGAGUGAAAGGUUCACCCGGAAACCCUGGACCUGAAGGUGGGGGAGGACUUCCAGGUGGUCCAGGAUUUGUUGGUCCGAGGGGUGAAAGAGGAGAAAAAGGAUUCUCAGUCCAGGGGCCUCCAGGCUUCCCAGGGGUCAAAGGAAUCAAGGGCCCUCCAGGAGCUCCGGGUUCACCAAGUUUUGGUAUCAAGGGACGGGCCGGCCCGUCAGGCCCCCCAGGGAUGCCGGGCCCCAAGGGGGGCAGCGGUAUUGGUUUCCCAGGCCAGCAGGGUCAGUCAGGCCCCCAGGGAGAAGAUGGCUCUGUGGGGCCCCAAGGAAACCUCGGACUUCAAGGAACAGAUGGAGCUCCAGGACCUCCAGGGCAAGACGGACCUCCCGGACCUAAAGGUCGGAGUGGUCUGGAUGGGUUACCGGGUGCUGUUGGUUUUAAUGGGCCAUGUUUCCCUGGAUCUCCUGGACCUGAAGGAGAGCCUGGACCAAUGGGCUUCGUCGGAUUUCCAGGGAUACGGGGCCAAAAGGGCUUGCAAGGUAAACCUGGGAGGCAGGGCGUGGGAGACCCAGGGCCUCAGGGGCCUUACGGGGCCCCAGGAUUUGAUGGACCACCAGGACGAAUAGGAGAAGUUGGACUGAAGGGCCUGAGAGGGAAGAAUGGAGAAACAGGAAGCACAGGUAUUAGAGGAGAUGUGGGUCCUCCAGGAGCCCUUGGGAGUCCAGGAGAUGAUGGGAAACCAGGAGAGACUGGACCACCAGGACCCAAAGGUGAGAUGGGUCGAGAUGGGAUCAGUAGAUCUCAGGGGCCUCCUGGGCCUCAGGGGAACCGAGGAGAAACUGGACCAAAAGGAUUCAAGACCACUGUGGAUAUAUAUGGAGAUCCUGGAGACCUUGGAGACCCUGGGCCCCCAGGUCUCACUGGUAGUAAAGGAGAGACAGGCUUCCUGGGCCCACAGGGCCUCGACGGCAGCAAUGGUAGUCCUGGAAAUUGUGGCCCGCAAGGACCUUCUGGAGACCCUGGCAGAGACGGAGAGAAUGGUGCUCCUGGUCCUCGGGGACCCAACGGGAUGCAAGGAGAGAUGGGGAGACCAGGUUUUAAAGGUGAGAAAGGUAGUCCAGGGCCUUCUGGGGAACCUGGAUCAGAAGGAGAUCAAGGACCAGGAGGACUUAAAGGUACUAAAGGGGAACCAAGCUCACCUGGACCAGGAUCUAAAGGAUUUCCAGGAGAGAAGGGGAAUCGGGGAUUAUCAGGACCUCCAGGUAUGAAGGGAACUCCAGGGGACAGGGGAAACUUUGGUCCUCCAGGAUCCUGUGGCCCCUGUGGCCCCAAAGGAAAUUCUGGACCCCCGGGAUGCAGAGGUCCUCCUGGGUCUCCUGGUGACAAGGGUUGUGAUGGUUCUCCGGGGGAAAAUGGCCCUGUAGGACCCACCGGCCUCACAGGUAACAAGGGGGCUCCUGGAGAUCCUGGUCCAGCUGGUCCCAGAGGAACCCAGGGGCAGGACGGGAUACCUGGACCUCCAGGAGAGAAAGGAGCCAUGGGAGCUCCCGGAAUCGGACCCCGGGGCGCAGAUGGGAAGACAGGUCCACCUGGAUGUGUUGGGGAGAAGGGUCCUCCUGGUGGCUGUGGUCCACCUGGUCCUCCUGGUCCUGCGGGAAACCAAGGGUGUCAUGGUGCUCCUGGUCCCGCUGGUCUUCCUGGUGCGCCUGGCACGGAGGGAGCCUGCACUGAAGGAGCCAAAGGAGAAAGUGGAGUUGCCGGACAACAAGGACCCAAAGGUCCACAGGGCUUUCGGGGUCCUCCUGGACCUCCAGGUCCUGGUUUUAAAGGAGAGAAGGGAUCUAAAGGAGCUACAGGUUGCCAAGGACCAUCUGGUUACCAUGGUGACUCUGGCCCUCAAGGCAGGCUGGGUCAAGAAGGACCACCAGGUCCACGUGGACAAAAAGGCCGGAUGGGAGACACUGGUGUCACAGGACCUGUUGGUAUGAAGGGGGAUGAAGGACCAUCGGGGAACGAGGGCUUACAAGGACCUCCAGGACCACCUGGGGGGAGAGGCCAGAGAGGGGAGGACAAAAACAUGGUGGUGGAGAUGGUGCCUGGAGACCAAGGCUUACCUGGAGAAAAGGGAAACCCAGGACUGAAAGGACCACCAGGGGCCCAAGGAACACCUGGAGGUCCAGGUUUAAAGGGCUUCAUAGGGAGUGUUGGUCAAAAAGGACGAGCUGGUCUUCCUGGAUUUAAAGGGGAUCGGGGAGAGCCAGGAUUCCAUGGAGCAAAAGGUAUCGCAGGUUCACGAGGUCCGGUGGGUGCUAAAGGUGUUAAAGGUGUUAAAGGUUCAUCGGGUCAGUGCACAGAUGGAAAGGAGGCCGACGGCUUUCUGUUCACCAAACACAGCCAGACAAUCUUAAUUCCAGACUGCCCUGCAGGUUCAACUCAGAUGUACAGCGGCUACUCGCUGCUGUUCAUCAAUGGUAACAACCGCGCUCACGGACAAGACCUGGGAACAUUAGGUAGUUGUUUACCUCGCUUUACCACCAUGCCCUUCCUGUUCUGUAACACUGAAAACACCUGUCGCUACGCCUCACGCAACGACUACUCCUAUUGGCUGUCCACCCCUGAACAGCUGCCGGGCAGCAUGCCACUGAUCUCUGGGGAUUCACUGAGGAGUUACAUCAGCCGGUGUUCUGUAUGCGAGGCCAGAGCCAACGUGAUCGCUGUCCACAGUCAGACCAGCGGCAUUCCAGACUGUCCCUCGGGCUGGGACUCUCUCUGGUUCGGAUACUCCUUCGUCAUGGAAACUGGAGUGGGGGCGGAGGGGUCAGGUCAACCGCUGGCCUCUCCCGGAUCCUGUCUAGAAAACUUCCGGAAGAUUCCCUUCAUCGAGUGUCACGGCAGAGGAACCUGCAACUACUACACCGACUCGUACAGCUACUGGCUGGCUGCUCUCAACCCCCGCGACAUGUUCAGCAAACCGAAGCCUCAGACUGAAAAAGGAGAGUUUCCCGGCGAUCUGAUCAGCCGCUGUCGAGUCUGUAUGAAGCAACUGUGAACACCCACACCUGACAAAACUGAUACUUCUGCUGUAUAUGCUACUGCUGCUAACACUGCGUAUACUACUACUCGUACUACUACUGAUAAUAAAUACUACUAUUACGACCUGAGCUGCAGCACGCAGAGCUGAAAGAGGCUUGAUGGUGUUUCAAGCCCCCACCGUCGACUUAAAGGCAGCACUGCCUGGAAGACGACAUUGGGGGCUAAAAACACCAAACACCCCAAAAGAGCACAGAAAAGUUCCUCCAACAGCCAGCUCCAAGAAAACUUGAAGUGAAUCAUGAACUUAUUAUUGUACGAUAAUGUACGAAAACGUACGCACAACAAUUCCUAUAUCCUACGAAAUCACGGGGGAUUACGGCCGGUCACAUGACAGUUAAUGUUAGCUGUGUUUAUAAUUAGAGAAAAAGUGAGCGUCAUGUGGUAAUGACAGUUAUGUUUUUGCCUCCUCCAAACCCUCCGAGGAUAUGGGUUUGUCCCCGCCCUCUCUUAUGACCCACAGGAGCGUUUCAGAAAUUAGCGCCCCCUAGUGGUGGCAGGAAAUAUGUCCUCAUAUGUAAACGUUGUGAAAGGGUCCCACUUUGGUUAGGUUUAGACACCAAAACUACUGAGUUGAUAAAAAGAUGGAGGUCUGGGUUCAAAUCAGACGUGACUUUGCUUCCUGAAGGUUACCAUGUGACGUAGCUCCGUUUGUUCCCUAAAGUCUCUGUUUUCAUUUCUUUUCUCACGGGACAUGAACCCCUGGUCUCCUGGUUGAAAGUCCUGUGUUUGUUUGACCCAUCCUCAACCUGCCAUCUUAGGCGAUGAUACCAUAUUGACCCGAAUAUAAUACAACGAUUAGAAGACGACCCCUUCUUUUUCAAAAACUCAAGACUUUUUGAAGACAGAGGUCCCUAUUUUACUGAUUGACCAGAAUGCACCUGAACACACCUCCCUGUAAGACCAGCACACCCAGAA